CCCUUGCUAUUGAUCCCGGAAGAAAAUGGAAAGGGCCUUGGAGAUGGUUCGAUGAAUCCAUGUUGGACUGCUGUGAGCCAUUGGAGAAGGUUAAAGCUAAAGGGAUCUCCUUUGGGAAAGUGGUAUGUUUGGCUCACUGUGCAGGAGCGAAGGUGGAAGCUUUUCGCUCUAAUCUUAGCACCAUUGAUGACUUCCGUAAACAUAUCAUGGCCUGCACAACUAGUGAUGAUUGUCAUCUGAUCUCAUCUUAUCAUCGAGGACUUUUUAAACAGACAGGUUCAGGCCACUUUUCACCUAUUGGUGGUUAUCACGCGGAAAAGGAUAUGGCACUGAUUCUAGAUGUUGCAAGGUUUAAAUAUCCCCCUCACUGGGUUCCCGUCCCUCUCCUUUGGGAAGCCAUGAACACAAUUGAUGAAGCUACAGGAUUACAUAGGGGGUUUAUGCUUGUCUCUAAGCUUCAUAGAGCUCCUGCACUGCUAUAUACCCUGAGUUGUAAACAUGAGAGUUGGGUCUCUAUCUCAAAGCAUUUGAUGGAUGAUCUUCCUGUCCUCCUAAGUUCUGAGAAUGUGAAGGACAUAAAAGAUGUUCUCUCUACUCUUCUUUCAAAUCUACCUCCCAAUUUUGCUGAAUUCAUAAAGUGGGUAGCAGAAGUUCGAAGGCAAGAGGAGAAUGGUCAAAAGCUGAGUGAAGAGGAGAAAGGAAGGCUAG